ACUUCUAAAACCACCGAUCAAAAUUGACGAAAGACGAAACAUUAGAUAGGGUGAAGCCAUCACCGGAAAACCCGACUCACAACCGGACCGUUGUCGGAUCUCCAUCGGAAAUCCGCCAAUAACUUCCACCGUGGCUCCAUCAGGCCCGCAAAAGCAGCAACAUCAAAAUCUCACCCGCAGAAAGUCGGCACCGCCGUCCACAUUCUCGUCGAGUCAACCAUCUUCCAACCCGACCCGGAUAGUGUACCGCGAAACCGCUUUGUCCGAAACUCUGCCGUUUUGGCAAACUACCUGGUUCAUAGUGCUGCUGCUAUUGAUGGCACUCUCUCUCUUCGCUCUCGCCAUCUUUCUCUUCCUUAACCUCGACACCGAUUUCAGCUCAACACCUGUAUCCGCAGCUUCUGAAGGUGUCCAGAUUUCUUAUGGGUCAGCAAUCAAGUUGAUGCACGAGAGGACUAAGUUCCGGUUGCAUUCACACGAUGUGCCAUAUGGUUCUGGCAGCGGGCAGCAGUCAGUCACUGGUUUUCCUGGUGUAGAUGAUGCCAACAGCUACUGGAUUGUUAGGCCAGUUCUGGACUCACCUGCAAAGCAAGGUGAUGCUAUUAAAACAGGAAGUAUUAUCAGACUGCAGCAUAUGAGGACAAGGAGAUGGCUGCACAGUCACCUUCAUGCAUCUCCCAUAUCUGGCAAUCUGGAGGUUAGCUGCUUUGGUGAUGACAAUAAUUCUGAUACUGGGGACUUCUGGAAACUUGAAAUUGAAGGAAGUGGGAAAACUUGGAGGCAAGAUCAAAGGAUCAGGCUCCGUCACGUGGACACUGGAGGGUAUCUACACAGUCAUGACAAGAAGUACACCCGCAUUGCUGGGGGCCAGCAAGAGGUUUGUGGUGUAAGAGAGAAGCGCCCCGAUAAUAUUUGGCUGGCAGCAGAAGGUGUAUAUCUCCCAGUUUCUACGGAGAGCAAGUAAUGAAUACGAUAAUGUGUUAGUGUGAUUGAAGGCUACUGCGUAACUUUUACCCUUUAGCAAUAUCUUCUUCCAUUCCAAAAGAGGGCAUAGGAUAUUUUGUGCUAUUUCCCUUUUGCUGCUCUUCUAAGAGAUUUUCAACCACUUAUCAACUUCACAUUAUCAUAAAUGUUAAGGCAGGCUUAAACUUGUAGAGUAGGACUCUUUAUUACAAAUUGUUUCUGCUCAUCAUAUAAAGUAUGCACCAUAUGACAAUGUUUACUCUUGUGCUGACCAAA